GCUCGGCUCCACACCCGCCGGCGCAGCUCCGCCACGAGACUCUGACAGCGCGCGGCCCGCGCUGCUCGGGCGCACAGGCACGGACGGACCGCGGCGGCGGCGACGGAGGACGCGAGGACCGCGGCCCGGCGCCAAGUGCGGCAGGCGCGCGGGGCUGGCGGCGCGCAGAGAUCCCCUCUGAAACAGCUGGGAGCUCAGAACGUGUUGCCACCUGUGAAGAGUGGGCCAGCCAGGAAAGCAAGAAGGGAUGGAGUGGAGCCCUGCCAGGGCCUAAGGAGUGACCAUAAUCCACAACCACCGGACCUGGAGCCUCCAAGUCAGGAAGGCUACACAACCAGGGAGACUCAAGAAGAAUCAAUGCUUCGGCCCCCAGCGACAUGUACACGGUGUAAUGACAGGAGAUGAGCAGGUUUGCAGAGAAACUGCUGGCCUGAAAUUUAAGACGAAGGCAUCAUUGCCUGGCUCUGGCUGAGAACAUGGCCAAUGGCAUCGACGAACUCAUCGGCAUUCCCUUCCCCAACCACAGCAGCGAGGUCCUGUGCAGCCUGAACGAGCAGCGGCAGGACGGCCUGCUCUGCGACGUGCUCCUCGUGGUGCAGGAGCACGAGUACCGCACCCACCGCGCCGUCCUGGCGGCCUGCAGCAAAUACUUCAAGAAGCUGUUCACGGCCGGCGCCCUGGCCAGUCAGCCGUACGUCUACGAGAUCGACUUUGUCCAGCCCGAGGCCCUGGCUGCCAUCCUGGACUUCGCCUACACCUCCACGCUCACCAUCACCGCCUCCAACGUCAAGCACAUCCUCAACGCCGCCAGGAUGCUGGAGAUCCAGUGCAUCGUGAACGUGUGCCUGGAGAUCAUGGAGCCCGGCGGGGACGGCGGGGAGGAGGACGACAAGGAGGACGACGACGACGACGAGGAUGACGACGAUGAGGAGGACGAGGAGGAAGAGGAGGAGGAAGAGGAAGAAGACGAAGAUGAUGACACCGAAGACUUCGCCGACCAAGAAAACUUGCCCGACCCCCAGGACAUCAACUGCCACCAAAGCCCCUCCAAGACGGACCAUCUCACGGAGAAGGCCUAUUCCGACGCACCCAGGGACUUCCCCGAUUCCUUCCAGGCCGGCAGCCCCGGCCAUCUGGGCGUCAUCCGGGACUUCUCCAUCGAAUCCUUGCUGAGGGAGAACCUGUACCCCAAAGCCAACAUCACUGAUAGGAGACCCUCCUUAUCUCCGUUCGCCCCUGACUUCUUCCCGCACCUCUGGCCGGGGGACUUCGGUGCCUUUGCCCAGCUGCCUGAGCAGCCCAUGGACAGUGGGCCGCUAGACCUGGUCAUCAAGAACCGGAAGAUCAAGGAGGAGGAGAAGGAGGAGCUGCCCCCGCCCCCACCGCCCCCCUUCCCCAACGACUUCUUCAAGGACAUGUUCCCCGACCUUCCCGGGGGGCCGCUGGGCCCCAUCAAGGCGGAGAACGACUACGGUGCCUAUCUCAACUUCCUGAGUGCCACCCACCUGGGGGGCCUCUUCCCGCCCUGGCCGCUGGUGGAGGAGCGCAAGCUGAAGCCCAAGGCCUCUCAGCAGUGCCCCAUCUGCCACAAAGUCAUCAUGGGGGCCGGGAAGCUGCCGCGGCACAUGAGGACCCACACCGGGGAGAAGCCAUACAUGUGCAACAUCUGUGAGGUCCGCUUCACCAGGCAGGACAAGCUGAAGAUCCACAUGCGGAAGCACACGGGGGAGCGGCCCUACCUGUGCAUCCACUGCAACGCCAAGUUCGUGCACAACUACGACCUCAAGAACCACAUGCGCAUCCACACGGGCGUGCGGCCCUACCAGUGCGAGUUCUGCUACAAGAGCUUCACGCGCUCCGACCACCUGCACCGCCACAUCAAGCGCCAGAGCUGCCGCAUGGCCCGGCCCCGGCGCGGCCGCAAGCCCGCCGCCUGGAGGGCCGCCAGUCUGCUCUUCGGGCCCGGAGGCCCCGCGCCCGAGAAGGCGGCCUUCGUGAUGCCGCCCGCGCUGGGCGAGGUGGGCGGCCACCUGGGCGGGGCGGCCGUGUGCCUCCCCGGCCCCAGCCCCGCCAAGCACUUCCUGGCGGCGCCCAAGGGCGCGCUGAGCCUGCAGGAGCUGGAGAGGCAGUUCGAGGAGACGCAGAUGAAGCUGUUCGGGCGCGCGCAGCUGGAGGCCGAGAGGAACGCGGGGGGCCUCUUGGCCUUCGCGCUGGCCGAGAACGUGGCGGCCGCGCGGCCCUACUUCCCGCUGCCCGACCCGUGGGCCGCGGGCCUGGCCGGCCUCCCCGGGCUCGCCGGCCUCAACCACGUGGCCUCCAUGUCUGAAGCCAACAACUAGGCUGGUCUUUGUCGAUCCCAGUCCAGCGGCCCUUGCCCCCUCUCCCACCAGGCGUCCCCUGCCCUACCCAGUGGGUCUGGACUGUUUCUUUCAAAUCACAACGGAAAAGAACGAAAACGUAUUAGCAGCAGCAGUGGUAUUUUCUAGGCCUCCCAAGGCCUCCUGCAUCCCUUUUGGUGGUGUCUGAGGCGGGCAUCUCCUCCCACAGGGCCUGGAGCCCAGGGCCUGGCCUCUACCUGGCUGUCUCUCCGGCUGUCACACACAAACUCACAGGGACCCGUGCCCCGAGGAGGCCACACCCUGGGUGCCCAGGAGCACUCUGGAGCUGUGUGUGGGGCUCGAUGGAGGAAGGUAGCUUGGCCAGAGGCAGACCAGGUGGAACAGGGACGAGGCCUACCGAGGGGCCUGGGGCGCCCAUCCUAGCUGAGCCACCAUUGUACGGCAGAGUCCCUGCUGACCCUGCUCUGGUGGGUCACUUUUCUCGUCUCCAGCCAUCCCGGGAUCCUUGUGGGAAAUGCCCUAUUGGCAGGGAAGGCUCCUGGAGUCCGGGCCCAUUAUUCCUCACUGUCCUGUGACCUUGGACGGGUUGGUCGUCUCUACCCUGCUCCGAAGGGGAGCUGGCAAUUUAGUUUCCCCUCUUGCACCCACCCCCACACAUAUACACACCUGUCCCGCCCCCACCCCCCCACCCCCACACACACACAAAAGAACUGAGAAGGUGGGAGCUUUGCACGCCUAAAGUCUCUGGUGAAACCGUCUAUCUUGCCGGAUUUAGUUUUCUCACAUCCACCUCUCUAUUAGCACAGGUGAGGAAUGUGGCCACCCUAGACAGGAGUGACAAAGAAGGGCUGAGAUGUGCCAUGUCCACAGGCAGCUGUGGGGAACUCCAAAUACUCCAAAUACUCUCCAGGCAGGCAGGCCACCGUGUAAGCCAGGGCCCCUGGGGAUGACUAGUUAGCAUUGACUCCCUCUCCAGGGCUGUACAAAGUCUCUUGGGACUCCUGGGGCCAACACGGAAGGGCCGAGAGUCACCUCUUAACACCUGGCGGCUGCCCCCCCUCUGCCCUGAUUCCUAGAAACAGACAAAACACCCGGUUACCCAGGGUUUAUGUUUGUUGUGGGUUUCUCAGGGCUCCGGUAUUGCUGGGGAUUGCCCCCUUUGCUGUGUUUGAACACCCUCAAGCCCUCCCUCGUGGCUCGGGCAGGAAGCUGGGUGGUUUGGCUUCCCUCGGUGGUGGGAGGCGGGGCCCGGCUCCAGUAGGGGGCUCUGUGAGUCACAGCUGCCCACACGCACGCACGCACGAAUGCACGCUCUCCCUGGUUCAUAAGCUUGCAGUAGGUCUCGAGAAGGAAGACAGCUUUGCUGGCCCUGUGCCUUCCUCUUCUCUCCCCUUUCCUGCCCUCCAUCCCUUCUCUUGCUGAGUUUGCCUUUGUUUCUCGGUAGUCCCGACGGUAGGAGGGUUCACCUGCAUGGAUUACCCAGGGCCGGUGUCCCCAGUCCAGGAGCUGCGGGCACAAGAGACUUCGGCUCUUCCUAUCGCCUUGGCUUCUUCCUGAGCAAACACACACACACAAAAGAACAAAAAGGCCAGAGAAGACCACAGACUCUGUCACUCUCCAGCUCCCCAGCAGAGGACCCUGACUCCACACCCCACCAGACGCCAUUCCGACCAGAGGAAACUGGUCCUGACACCCUUCUGUCUUCAGACACCAUCCUUCUGGGCAGCCACCUCUUAGAGUCCUGUCUCUGUUUCUGACACUUGCUUCUGGGACCCAUCAGCCAACAUCCCCGUGUUCCCCCCCAUCAGCCAAGGGGUUGGGGCUGACCCAAACUUUAAAAGAAAACAAGGAAAAAUGAACAAAUUGGAAUCCAGUGGUGUUGGGGCUUUGUUUUUAUUUUGUAAAGGUAAUGACUUCUUAUAAACUCCGUUUUUCAGACAACUGGUUAGUUCUUUUUGUUUUCUCUUGGCUGCAAUUUGGAGUUGUAUAUUGUAAAAUAUCCAAAGAUCUUGAGUACUGUAUGAUCGAGGAGAACUUGACACAAAUGUUUUGUGGGGGUAGGGGUGGUUGUGUUUUGUUUUGUUUCUUUUUCUUUCCUUUUUUCUUUCUUUCCUUUCUUUCUUUUCUUUCUUUUUUUUUUUUUUUUUUUUUUUUUUUUUUUUGUGUUUCAAUUUCCCUGUCCCUCUGUGGGGAAGCUUUGGAAUUUUUUCCUAUUUAUAACUCUUUUUUAUGUGAUUGCUUUCUGUAAAAUGACACAACAGAGUUUGCCUUAGUGAUUCAAAGGACAAUCUUCCACAACUUUGGUCGCACGCCGCAGCCCGCCGAGAAAAACUCUCAGCUAAUUUUCUGGCCUAUUUAUUAAACAGUAUUAACUGACUUGAUUAAAUUACCGAGAGUUGCACUUCUGUGAGAGGUGACCAGCCGCUAGUCGGUGGGUAGGUGCUCGCUGUAAAAAAGGACGGGACGCUCGGGUGUU